AUGACAUCGCAGCUUUAUGAUAAAGCCCACAUAUUGCUGCAGCAUAUUGAUUUGCUUUUAGCUAAGGCUGAAUCAAUCAGAAUGUUUGUCUUUCCGAAAUCAACGCUUUCACAAGCUUUGCUUUCAAGUGAUGGCAAAAAGGCAAUGGAAUCUAUUGAAUCUCUUAUUAAGGCAAAAGAGCUCAAUCGCAACAAACUCUCAAAAAUCGCACAGAAGUUCAUUUCAGAACAAGAAGAUAAAAUUAUGCAAAUAGCUCAUGCAAUGGAUUACAUUAAAACAUGGUGCACAUCAGCUCACACUGUCUUGUUUGCCAUGGCAGAGAACUCAGUUGAUUUCAAUCUUCGCUGGAAUAACUUAUUUACUACAACUUUUCUCAGACUUUUCGUUGCUUUCACAAAAGCAACCCUUUUCAUUUACAUGCUUCCAACCGUUAAGCUUGCUGUUUACGCCGCUCCUUACUGCCCUUCGUUUAAUCGCUCAGAAUUUUCAAAUGAUAUUUUGGAUGUCAAAAACUUCAUUGCAAAAGUUUCUCGCAAUCCAUUCGAAAUGCUUAUCCCACGAGCAGAAGCUGCAAACAAAUAUGACUUUGCAAUUCGUCUUGGCCAGCUUUUAUCUCAGACAGGCCCAUAUUUAAUCCAAGCUCUUGGUCAAUGGCCUCUCACUAACUGGGAAAAGUUCAAUCCAUUUACGAAAACCCCUACAAAUUCAACAUCUACCUAUUUAGACUUAGAACAUCUUUGUCUUGCUUAUAUCGAGCUUAUUCGUGAGUCCACAAUGUUCUUCUGUCUUUCAUUCCCAACGUUUGUCAAGGAAAACAAGCAUUUCAACGCAAUUAUGAUUGCAGUUUGUUCAGAAACGCCAUCUGUCUAUCUGACACGCCAAUUCUCAGUUCCUAUCAAAGAGUUAUUCGAUACAUACGACAAGGAAUUCAAGAAAUAUCCUUCCGAGACGAGAAUCAUUAUUCAAAGAUAUCUUAAGCUUAAACUCAGCGUUACUCAUUCCAAGCGUAUCUCCACCAUCAUCCGUCUCAUUGACGAUAUGACGAACAUGGCAUCUUACAAUCCAAACUACGUUUCCCAAUUUUUACAUGAUUUCAUUUCUCUUUCUGGAUUUGCCUAUUACGAACUUGAUUGUAUUCUAUCAUCCAAUGCAUUCCAAGCAGACGCAUUGAAUCUGAUCAAUACAUUGGUCCGUACGGCCAAAGUUUUCUCGAAGAACGAAAUGAUCAUUUCCAGAACAUUCGCAUACAACAUUGCGACACUUGAUGCAAGUUUCCUUAAUGCUCUAGCCACAAAUGCAUCAAUUUCCGGUGCUGAUUGGCAGAAUUAUUUCAUUGAAGUUGUGAAACAGUUCACACAGACAUUAGGAGUUAUUGAUCUUGAACAGAUUGAUAAAGGCACUCUAUACGAUGUCACGCCAUUCCUUAUUACUCAUGGUCGUGUUACAACGUAUUUCAAUUCAUUGAAAACGAAAGAAAAAGCAUCACAUCUUCAAAACAUCAUGGAGCAUCUUGAAACAAUCAGAUUGCACAUGAAUUUCAUGAUGGAUCCUGUCAUGGCGUUCAUGAAAUACUGUCCAAUACACACUUUAUGGCGCCAUGUAACUUAUUUAGCUGAUAUUGCAUUAGCAGCAAAUUCCCAAUCAGAUGGAGUUGGUUCUAUCAUGACAUUAUUCCCUUAUUUCAAUUUAGAUGCGAUUGCUUUGUAUCAAUCACCAGGAGAACUCCAGAGAAUACAAUCCCAAUUGCAGAACAUCAGAGCAUCAAUUCUUAAGCGCAUAUAUUUACAGUUGAAUGAAUAUAUCUCUAAAGGAUCAAAAUACCAAGACAUCACAAAACAAAAUCAGUUCGAACACAUUUUCAAUCCUGUCAAUUUCAUUAUUAACCAGAAAUGUGAUUACAGGAAAGAGAAUCUCUACAAAGAACCCAUUUGGAAAUUGAGAUCAAUGAUGUUGAACAUGCCAGGCACAUUUACAUUUGCAAACCAAGAAGUAAAAUGUGCAGGAUACAUCGGAGAAGCAGUAACAAAUUGUAUUGCAACAAUUUUGUUUAAUGAGCCUAUUUUGGAUCCACAAUGGGUUGAUUCAUCUUUCUCUGCUGCUACACAAUUCAUGUGGCCUUUGUUUAGUUUGAUUGGUGCUCCAUUUACAUUGAAGAUUCUUCAAUGCAGAUUUGAACAUUCAUGCAAUGAAAAUCAAAUCAAUUUCUUGGAGCAGGUUUCGAACUUAAACACAAAAUUCCAAGUUCACGUUCAAACACCACAAGAAUUGGCAAAAACAAGAGGAACAACACAAUUAAUCCAAAUUUUCCAGAAGUACGUGUUAGAAUUUCUUGAAAAUGAUGCGAAUAAAUGCAAAUACUUCCCUUACUCAAGAUCAUACGAGAAUCCAAAGGACACACAAUCUCCUUCUUUCUUCUCUUAUUCAUCUUUGUAUUCGUUAGUCAAAAACCUUGGUCCACAAGCUGGAUUUUCCAUUGAUUGGAUAUUAAUCACGCAUGCAACAGAUGUAAUCUUGAAAUUGUAUAAGAUUUUCACGGAUAGUUCAACAGAAAUAUCCAAUCUCUUCGGUGAUUACCAGAAAGGAGGAAACCAAUGGGUUAAAUACUCCGCGCAAUCACGUAUUGAAAAUGUUGGCCGCUUGUUAAUUAAUCUCGGCGCAACAUGUCAGAUUCGAAAAUUAUUGAGAGAUGCAAUUCAUGAUUACGCAGAACAGGCAUUGCCUGGAUUGAGUGCAUUACUUGCUGCAGGAAUUAAUCGUAUCCAAGGUGCUCCAAAUGAAAGAGAAUCUUUGAUUAUUGAAAUCCUUUCAGGAAAACCUAAUUUCCAUUAUGUAAUGACUGCAUUAGAUAAAGCAGGAUUGAUUAAGACAACGGAUUUGAUGUCUUUCUUCUUCUUCCUCGGUUUAUCAAUUGCUCAUCCUAAAUGGAAGACAAUUUUAUAUGAUCCAGAAACAGAAUACAUAUCAAAUAAUUUCCAUUUGUAUCCUGUUGGCUUGGAUUGUCUUCUCUCUGUCAUUCCAUCACUUUCUGCUUCAUCUGACCAAAGAGAUAUAAUUAAUGGAAUGUCUCUUUUCUUCGAUGUCACUUCUAAAGUUGUUGUUUCAAUGAGAAGUGAUGUUACACAGUCUGCUGCUUCUAUAUCUGCUUUCAUCAUUACUAUUGAUCUCUUCCCAAGAAUGAUCAAAUCUUUGGAAUACGGAAGAAUUACAAAGAACUUCCCGCCAUCAAUUGUUUCUGAAGCUUAUAGAAACGCAGCUGAUUAUAACUACCAUAGCUUGGUCAAGGCUAAUUUCACUGCUAAGAAUGGCAAGAAAGGAAAGAGGAAAUCCAAGAAAUAA